AUGCGCCGGGGAUUUCUCAAACCCAAUCCAUCUCAGCUGAAAGGCAACACUCACAGGGCUUCUCGCUCCUCUCAGGCAGACAAAUCGUCUAUGAUCACUACACAGGCGGUUGACAAACCUCUCUUGAAGUCUGCGCCACUAGCAACCAUCCCCGUUCCUCAUGGCCCCAUCAUUCCCGUCAACGAGUAUGUCGACUCGAAGACUCUCAUGGACUGGCACACCGACGAAGCCAAGGCAGGUCCUGACGGAAUGUACACCUAUCGCAUCACUUCUCUCCCUAUCGUCCCGCGCUUUUCGUCCGACCGAAUGACAGCCUGCAUCAUCACUAAAGGCGCAAAAGAGGGUAUCCUCGCACUCCCAGGGUUCCCUUCACCAUACAGCGCCAUCUCUCUUGUCCGUGAAGGUCCAGCCACAGGUGCUGGGCUCGGCCUCUUUGCCACCACCGCUCGCCAGCCAGGGGACUGCAUAAUCUCUGAGCGUCCACUGCUCAUCCUGCCCCGCAGCAUGAUGGUGCCCGAACUCAAGCCUGGCGUUCCUAACGUGCAAGCACAGAUGGUACAAGGCGCCAUAAAUAGGAUGAGGCUCGACGAUCGCGCGCGUUUCCUAGCUCUCAAGAACUGCAAAUCCGGAUCAGAUGUUCUCACUGGCAUCCUUGACACUAACGCAAUGCAAAUCGGCCCACUUCCAAGCUAUCCUGUAGACCAUGUCGCUAUUUGUGCCACAGUGUCACGAAUCAAUCACAGCUGCAGCCCAAACGCCGUCUUCGCAUGGGAUGUGAAUUCUUUUACCUGCUUCAUACGAGCCCUCAAGCCAAUCGCAGCCGGCGACGAGAUCACGAUCACCUAUACGUACCCUUUGGCCCCCCGCACCGAGCGUCAAGAAGAUCUUCGCCAGAAGUACGCCUUCACCUGCACAUGCGAGACUUGCUCACUCCCUCCCACCGAGUCCAAGCGCUCUGAUGUUCGGCGUAAAAUCCUCGCCAUGUAUGAACCUCAUUACGAAGAACUAUCAACGAACGCCGCUAACACAGACCGCUGGUACGAAGACCACGAGGCCUCACUUCGGUGUUGGGUGGAGGACGUCAGUCUUCCAGACAACUAUAUCACAAAGGAAUGUCUCCGGCUUGUCGAAAUGUUAGACGCGGAGACGUGGAUGUUAGAGACUUCAUGGCCUUGGGUGCUACAGAAGCUUGUCAAAGCGUGUUGUGCGCUGGAGGAUCGGGAGGGUGCCCAGAAGUGGGCGAACAGGGCGGCGGAAAUGUGUAGGGCUCGGAGCGCGAAGGGGGACGAUUGUGGGUGGGGGAAAGUGGCGAGUCAUCCUGAGAGGACGGAGUACUGGGGCUUGCGAGCAAAGAUGCGGGCGCGAGACAACAGCACCAAGCAGGGAUGAGUACUUCGACGCAAGUUCUCCAACGCGGCCACCUGCGCUCGUACUGGCAUGAAUUUGUAUUAUCGGCCCGCAUACCCUUCCUUUAUCGUUGGCUCGAUGGUAAUAUACACUGG